AUGGCGGCGCACUGCUCCACCUCGAGACCGGCUUUAGGGUCUUCAGGCUCUGGGUGUCAGGAGGUCGCUUCACCCCCGGGCUCUCUGUCCGCAGAGGCAGCUCCCUUCAGCCCUCGGGACUCUUCUGACGCAGAUAAACAGUUUUCUCACUGUUACGCGAAAAUACGAGGUCUACGGCCGCACUCUGAGCUCCUCAGGGACCAACUCAACUUGCUGUUUGAUAAGUUGCUGUCCGAGAACUACAACAAAACAUUCAAUCCAGACAUCAGCAUCCGCCCAGAGGACGUGUGUACCCUGUUGAAGCAUGCCAGUUCACUUGUUCCAUUUCAUCAAGAGCAUUUGGUUGUUAAAUUCUGUCAGCUCAUGCACCACCUUUUGAACCAGCUGAAGGUCAUAAUGGAUGAGCUCACGUUAAAUGUGCUGAUGAACUACGUAACCUGGUCACUUAAGAAAUGCAGUGCUUGGACACAUUCGGAUGUCCUUUUGGCGCUGUCCACUGUAGUCUAUGAAAAUGGACCUCAGUGUCACCAGCACCUAGAGCACCUUCUUGGUGAGAAUGGUGUCCUUUUGGAAUACAGCACACCCACUCAACAGGAUCUAGAGUUGCAGCGUGUGUCUUUGAACUGUAUGGCCAACAUAUGCCUGAGGAUUCCUGGUCAGGCGCCUCUUGAUGAUCAAUAUAGGCUUGUGUGUUUCCGGGCUUUUCUGAAAACACUUCACUCACCCAAACCUGCCAAUGCAGAGGAGCUCUUCUACUGCAUGGUUUUACGGUCAGCACUAAAAGGACUUCAAUACUGUCUGUCUGGUGGAAGGUGGAAAUUUGGUAGCGGGGACGAUUUGGGGUCCGUUCUUGCUGUGCUGAAGCAAAUGAUGUUCCAGGGAUCUCCAGGUGUGAGUAUUGAAUGGCCUUCUGUGCUUUACCCAGCUCCUCUGCCACCAUACGAAGGGCCGUCCUCAUCAAAACCACCAGAGACGCCGAAGCCCAAAAGCACCACAGGCCGAAACAAGCCUUCUGCAAAUAAAAAAUGGAAAUCCAGAGGGAAAGGAAAGAAAAAUGCUACAGAAGAGACCAAAGAUAAAGAUGAUGAUGAUGAUGAAGAUUCCACAACUAAACCAGAAGCUUCAAAGGAACAAUGUGCUGACCAAACAGAGAAUGUUCCAAAAUUAUCAUCUCAAAGUCUUUAUCCCUCGUGGAAACAGACCAGCUCGGAUUCAGAGUUGUCCGAUCCUGAAGGUGGCGCUCAGAGCAAACUGAGGUUAUAUCAUGUCCGUGUGCGACAAGGAGCCCUCUUGUGUCUGCUGGCGGCGGUCAAGAGUGUUGAAAAGCGAUCACUUUAUGGUUAUUGGUCUUCAUUCAUUCCUGAUUCGCCCAUCGGAGGACCUCCACAACUCACCCUCCUCACCACAAUAUUAAAGGACCCCUCCCCCAAGGUGCGUGCGUGUGCUCUCCAGGUCUUGUCGGCCAUGUUGGAUGGGUCUCGACAGUUCCUCGCUGUGGCCGAAGAUGUAACGUCCUCUCGACCAUCGUACACGUCAUUUUCUUUUUCUUUGGCCACUUCUGUCAGAGAGCUGCAUCGAUCCCUCAGCUUGGCUCUGUUGGCUGAAACUUCGCCACAGACGCUCACACAGAUAAUCAAGUGCCUGGCAUAUUUGGUGUCUAAUGCUCCAUACCAACGCCUCAAACCUGGUCUACUCAGUCCACUGUGGAAGCAGAUCCGUUCAUAUGUGCGUUACAGAGAUGUGGAUGUGCGUGUCUCUGUUUUGACGCUCUACGGCGCUUUAGUGACCACUCAGGCUCCUCUGUCAGAGGUGCAGCUCCUCCUUCGCCAGCCAGAAAGCAGCAGCAUCCUUGGGUCUUACAUGCCACAAGACACCAGUUUGAGCUGGCGGCAGAGGGAGGGCGUGCCUUCUCCUUGUCGUACCCCGGUAAAACUGGACUCGCCGCUGAACUCCCACACCCCAAAGGAGGACGACGGCACGACUGCUCCGUGGCUACUGCAGAUGUGUGUGUCCUUGAUAACACAACCACGAGAGAGUCUAUCGGACAGUGAGGACGCCGGAACUUAUGUCUUUGAGCCCCUACCUGUCCGCCUUCAAGCUUUACAGGUUUUGUCUUAUUUGGUGCGUGGUUACUUCUCCUUAUGCCAGUCCCAUUUGUUUGAGAUUGGUCAAGUGAGCGCUCGCUGCCUGAGUGAGACUGAUGCAUCCAUUCAACUUCACGGCACUAAGUUACUGGACGAGUUGGGAACUGGGAUAAUUCAGCAAUAUCGAGCCGAAAACAACAUACCUGAAAAUCAAAGAAUUCCCAUUGACAAAGUGGUGACAUUUUGGUCUGAGGUUCUGAGCGGACCGUUAAAUGCUGCUUUACAGAAUGAGCAACAUCCCUCGCUGCAGACAAGCGCCUGUGAUACGCUCUCAUCCAUCCUUCCUCAGGCAUUUGCACUGCUUCCUGACAAGACUCAGCUCAUGUGCGUCACUGUCCUGCUGGGACUGACCUACAGUGAAAACUAUUUGGUGAAGACCGCUGCUGUCAGAGCUCUGGGAAUUUACAUUAUUUUCCCCUGUCUCAGAGAGGAUGUAAUGUUUGUGGCAGACACGGCAAACACUAUCCUGGCUGCCCUCGAAGAUCGAUCUCCAAAUGUCCGAGUGAAAGCUGCCUGGUCGCUGGGCAACCUCACCGACACAUUGACGGUCAACAUGGAGAGUGAAUGUGUGGAUUUUCGGGAAGAGCUCUCUGAUAUGUUGCUGCUCAAGAUGUUGCAAACUGCGACUCGAGCAUCAGCGGAUAAAGACCGAGUGAAGUCCAAUGCCGUGCGAGCUUUGGGAAAUCUCCUUCACUUUCUGCGAGGGUCUCAGUUGUCUCGGUCUGUCUUCAAGCAACCUCUGGAGGAUGCAGUUCGUGCUUUGGUGAAAACUGUCCAAUCAGAGGCUAUAAUGAAGGUCCGGUGGAAUGCAUGUUACGCUCUUGGAAAGGCUUUCAGGAACCCUGCACUUCCACUCGAAUCAGCCUCUUGGUCUCACGACGCCUUCUCGGCCCUCUGCAAUGUUGUGACCUCCUGUAAAAACUUUAAGGUGCGAAUCAAGUCUGCCGCAGCGCUGUCAGUUCCCGCACAACGCCGCUGCUAUGGCGAUGCGGCACGCUUCUUCUGCGUGUGGCAGGCUUUAGCGACUGCACUCGAAAACAGCGAAGACACAAACGACUUUUUGGAGUAUCGCUACAGCGCCAGCCUCAGACACACGCUGUCGCAAGCUCUUCUGCAUCUGUUGAGUCUGUCGCAAGCUCACGACAUGGCCGCGCUCGCCAAGUCUCUCGCUGGAGCGGAGGGCGCCGCCAUUCGGGUGCAUUUGGUGAAGUAUCUGAGAGCAGAAGAAGGGGCAACAGAAGGAGCCGAGGAGGAGAGGCAUGGAGAUAGUUUCACCCCUCAAGAGAGAGUCAAAGCACUGGAGCAGAAUGUGGUGCGACUGAGGGCGCUGCCAGCUGAAAUGAACAAGGAGACUGUUGUGGACUUUCUAGAAGAUUUACUGAAGAGCUGUGAUGAGUCAUAA